CCUGGUGAAAUUCCAUUUCAGAUCGUUUCGCACAUCGACCCGGACGGCGAAGACGGUCACGAAGCUAGGAUCGACAGGCCUCUCUUCUAUAGCUCUGCUCCGCUCUCUCUCGUCGAUCCAUAUACCGCUGCGGAGAGGGGGAGUAGGGAAAGAGAGAGAGAAAAAAAAUGGCGCAUCGCUUUUACGAUGAGGGGGCCUACGUCGGACACAACGAUGCCCCCGCCGCAUACCCGCCGUCGUCGGUCGCAGACGAUGGCUCCUACCCUACGACGCAGCACCUCAACCGCGAGCCGCUCUCGGCCUCGCGAGAAUUCGAGCGACAAAGGUCUGAGUCUGCAUACAUGACGCCGCCGAGGGCUGGAUCCUCGCCGGCUGCGCAGACGCUCCUGGCACAUCACCAGCAGCAGUCGUCACAGCAACCUCACUCUUACUUUCCCCCAUCGCAGCAGCAGCAGCAGCAGCAGCAGCAGCAGCAGCAACCGUACGCAUCGUAUGCUGCUGCGCCACAGCACCCCUCGCCCUACUUUGCGGCGCCAGAGGGCCAGGCUUCGACCAAAGAAGCCGCCUCGUCACCUAUGGAGGGAACAAAUGUCAAGAGGGGCAAGACGGUCGCUUCUCGAGGAACGAAAGCAACAGCAGCAACAUCGACCUCGGCUGGAGCUGGGUCGAGGGGCUACUGGUUGCCUGGUCGGUGGGCGCUGGCGCUCUUCCUGACUGUCGUCAUCGAGUCGAUCAUUGUCAUUGCCAUGGUCGGCGCUGCUUUCGGUGUCGUCUGGCUCGACACGCGAGGGACGAAGGUCGAAGAGCUCAAGACGAUCAACGUCUUCUUCUCGCUCACGAUCUUCGCCAUGAUCUUCCUCGUCCUUGUUUCGCUCGAUGCCAACCGGCAAAAGAACACGAUCCAAAUCAUCGGUGUCGCCGCUCUCAACGUGGCCAUCCUUGUCACGACGGCCUUGGAGAUCCCUCAAGCCCACGACGCACUGCAGUACCAGGAUGACAAGGGUGGCGGAGCGCGGUGCAUGGACGUGCCCCAAGUCGCCGGGCGACGAGGGAGGAGGUGCAAUGCGAUCGACACGCUCUUUCCGCUCGUGGAAAAGCUCCUCAUCGUCGUGCCCGUCAUUGUCGGCGUCUCGCAGUUCGUCCUCACCUACUUGGCUUGGAAGCUGUGGUCAGAAUGGGGCUGGCGCAUCUACAAGGUGAUUGGCGCAGACAUCCAGACCCGAAGGCGGUAUCUUGGAUAUCAGGUCUUUGUCGUCUUCCUCAAAUUCGACUUCUUCUUUGGCGUCGCCUUUGCCAUGUCCUUCCUCAUCCUCGUCGCCAACCGCAACGACUGGGAGUAUGCCGUGACCAUCGCUGCGUUGCCCGCAGCCAUCAUCGUUCUUUUCUUGGCCAGCUGGGCUGCGACAAAGGAGAUCAAGUCUUUGAUGGCAUUUUCCAUUGCUUGCUUCCUGGCUGGUGCCGUGUACUUCAUCUACAAGAUCACGCGCAUCUAUGCUCCAUCGACGAGAGCUAGCUACCAGACGGUCGAACUCAGCUUGACAUUCUUCUCCAUCUUCGCUACUAUCUCCCUACUUUGCACCAUUGCAUUCGCCUGCGUCUGCUUGCACAACUUCGGAAAGGGCCUUCGACAGGCGCACGAGUCGAUCGGAUGGGGCUUCCGCCGACGCCGUCCAAAGCACAUGGCCUCAUCGAGCAUGGGCAGACAGCCUCGUCUAAGCCUCGAUGGCGUCUCGCUCGAGAGCAGCCAUGCGCACCCUGCCGCUGGAGGCCCUGCUUUCCAAGACGCUGCUCCUCCUGCCUCGCAUGCUCUCCCACGGGCUACGAACGGCGGACUUUACGAUGAUGACGACGACGAAGACUACGAAGAUGCCUACCGCCAGACUCAGCAAGCCAGCGGUCAAUAUCACCAAAAGAGCAACAACGCUCAUGCCCCAGCGUUCCGCAACACAAACCCCAGCAGGUUGAGCCUCGAUUAGGUUCUCUUAUGAGCAGUCUUGGGCUCGCGGAGGGCCUGCCCUCGACUGUUCUCUGCUUUGCUUCUCACGUACGACUCUCUUUACGCCUUUCUCUUUCUCUUCUUCUCUUUUGGUGUACUCUUGGGCUCCGGAUCUUGGUAACGGUUUCAAAUGAACACAGACCCUCCCCGUCACCCCUCUCCCCUUCUCCUUCGUUUGUACUUUCCGAUCGGUUACUCUCUCUGUGAAUGCUUACACCCAUUGCAUCACGAC